ACCAUUUGCAACCAACUUCAUUUCAAAUAGACCCGCAACCACGUGCGGUGUUUUUAUAUUGAAACUCGUGCUAUGAAAUAAGCAAAAUGGGAAAAUUCAGAUCCAAACUAAAGGGAAAAUCGAAGGGGAAGCGAUGGCAGAAGGGCCAGUCCUCGAACUCCAACCCGAAAAUACAGAAAUACCGGGAGAUGGCGAAAUCCCGGUUCUUUCAGGAAAAUCUAGGAAGCACUGGAUUAACCCAGCAAGCUGUUUCAAAACACGAUGCUAUGAUGACUUACGGACAUGCAUCACUUAAGAAGAAAUCUGACGCUGAAUCAGAACUGCUCAUAGCUAAGGAACUGGAGAACAUGUCUAUGAAGAGUACUGAUGAGCUCUCAGACACUGAAUACUCGGGCUCCUUUAAAGCUGGCACUUAUAAGACUUUCCAGACGUUUGCGUCUGAUUGGAGUCAGUGUUCUAAUGUUAGCUUUAGCAAGUUACUGACAAGGUUUGACUCAAACAAUGGCCUGCAUAAGGAGAUGUUGGCAGUGCUGGCUGCAGUCACAGAGGUCAUCAAGGAGCAAGGCGGCAAGGAGUCUACUACCGAGUACUUUGCUGCACUUAUGGAAACCCUAAAAUCUUCAGAACUGGAAGAGAGCUUAGUAGCAACACUGACACUAUUGUCUAUGGGUAUAAAGGCUGUCCCACAAGCAGUUUUAAGAAAGCAAUUUUCAGACUCAGCAACUAUCUUCACUGAUAUUCUUGUGAAGAAUGAACAGAGUGAAAAUGGGGCUUUACUGAGGAGUGCUAUUGGAUGCCUGUCUGUGUUAUUGAGGGCCCAGGAGUAUGCCCUUUGGGGUGAUUCGUCUACUAUGAGGGUUUUUGAGUCAGUCCUGGCUUUUGCACUGCAUUCUAAACCUAAGGUCCGCAAAGCAGCUCAACACGCCGUCACUUCUGUUCUUCGUGGCAGCUGCUUUAUGAUACCUUCUGAAGAUCAGAAGGUUAAGGUACCAAAACUCCAUCCUGGUUCAAACCGUGUGGCAGAGUACUGCUUAUCUCAGAUUAAGGCUGAAGCGUUGUUGUCUGGUCACAGGACUGUACUGCACACUCUGACCAUGUUGAGAGAUGUACUGCCUGUGUUCAGCAAGGAUUAUAUUAAGUCGAUCUGCGAAGCGAUCCUGUCCCUAAUGACACACAACAACGUGUACAUCAAGACGUGCUGUCUACACACAUUACACGCGCUCUUCUCAAGCAGUCGGGAAUCUAGCAAUAUGACUGCCAAUCUGGCUGUGCAACUGACUAGGGCACUGAUGGCUGCCCGACCCCCGGCCAAUGAUACCGGACAAGUGUUAGCUUGGGCUGCUGUGCUGCAGCAGGGAUAUGGAUGUCUAGCCAAUUUGGAUCUGAACCUGUGCAUGCCGAACUUGCCUGCGUUCGUGAACAUCUGCGUGACGGAGCUGUGGCAGUCUGACGUCGCAGAUAUCAACUCCGCCUCCACCAAUGCACUUAAGGCAGUGUUACUCGACUGCGUAAAGUUGGCCCUGGAAUCGGAUGAGACGUACAUAAAGCACAAAGUUCACAUUGACGCGGUAUUCAAGAGCAUCGGCACUGGACUCGACAACCCUUUCAAUCAAGCUAUUAGACAUGUUAUACUUACUAUUGCUGUGUGUUUUGAGAUCGGCAACGACAAAGUAGCAAACUCCUUGGGACCUCUUCUAAAGAAAUUGAACGAUCGUCGCGAAAGUCACAACUUUGAUAAUGACAAAGAGGUCGAAUACGCCACAGGAUGCGCCAUUAAAGCACUCGGACCAGAAUUCGUUCUACGCAUCAUACCCCUAAGAGAUGGCCCAGAAUCUAUAAAUCUAGAACGCAGCUGGCUCCUCCCAGUGCUCAAAGAAAAAAUAACAAACUCCAACCUCAAAUUCUUCGCGACAGAAAUUUUGGAGAUGGCAACAUUUUGUCGGAAAAAGUCAAGAGAACUUACCCAAAUGAAAGAUGUUCCCGGAUCGCAUACUUAUGAGUUACUGUGCAAUCAGUUUUGGGCUCUACUGCCUUCUUUUUGUAAUAGCCCUAAGGAUAUUAAGGAUAAUUUUAAGUCCGUUGCUAGGGUUCUAGGUAGUGUUUUGAAAGAUAAUCCGGAAUUUCGUUUAUCAGUGAUGCAGGCUUUAAGGAAAUUGAUCAGUUGUUCUUCGGACAAUGAGGCAGAUUUGCAAGAGUUGGGCAGGUUCGCUAAGAACUAUUUGCCGAUUUUGUUGAAUAUUUAUAUGUCACCCGCGAAGGGUAGUAGCGCGGAGGGACAGAGGUUAGCGGCUUUGGAAACUAUACAGGUAUAUCUAACAAUCAGCGAACAAUCCCUACGCGAGGAAUUAUUCACGAACGCACUACAGCAGCUAGAAACAUCUAAAGACAACCAAUUUCAACGGGAAUCUAUCCUAGACAUCAUACGAGCCUUAGUUUUAUACCAAUCAAGCGACCGAAUAGCCAAGUUAUUCGACGACUGGGUCUAUCCACUCUGCGAAACAGUUUUAGAAGACCCGAAAAAACAUAAAAAGGCUAAAAAAGAUAUCUCAGAACAAGAGACGGAGGGCGAUAAUAAGAAAACAGAGUUAAAAUACAGAGAAAAGGCGAAAAUAUUAGAAAUGGAACAUAAGAAGGCUUAUAGGAUAUUAGAAGAGAUUUUCAAGAGUGAUAAGGAAUGUUGUAAGCAAUUUUUGAAAGAUAAUUAUAAGAAGAUUAAGAAGCUUUUGAUGAGUUCCUUGAAUAAGGUUGCUGAUAGCAGUAAGGCAGCUAGGUUAAGAUGUAUAGAACACCUAAUAAACUCGACGCCGUUCUUGAACGCGGAGAGCAAGUUACUGAAAAGCGCGAUCGCCGAGUCCGUCAUAUGCACUAAAGACAUCAACAGCAAAUGUCGCCAGUGUGCGUUCAACCUUAUCAACAGUGUUGGUAACGUGCUCAAGUCGCAGGAAGGAGGCAUGCAAGCCUUCGUAGAUAUGCUAACAUCGGGCCUCACAGCGCCUCUCCCGCGAAUCAUAAGCGCUACCCUCCGCGCCAUAGCAUCAGCUCUCUUCAACUUCUCGGAAGACAUGGGGCUGAACACCGUGCAGACUCUACUGGAGACCGUGGUGGAACACAUGACUAACUCCAACAGAGAGGUCGUGGCUGCUUGCAUGAGCUUCUUGAAGGUGUACACAAAAGUCCUACCCACAGACGUUCUCGCUGGUAGUCUGCCCCUAAUCUUCAAAACUCUCUCCGCAAUGCCAGAAGACUGUAAGAGGCACUCCCGUCUAGAAAUAGGCUACUUCCUCACCAAGAUGUUGAGGAAGUUCGGAGCUGACACCGUGGAGAAACUGAUACCGCAGACUGAUGACGUCAUGCUGAGAAGACUGAGGAAUAUCAGGAAGAUGGAUAAUAGGAAGAAGAGACAGAAGGAUGGACAGAGAGACCAAUCAGACGGCGAUUCAGACACGGAUAUGCCAAUUAAGGGCACAUCAAAGACUCUAGAAGACAUUCUGAAGGACUCUGACUCCGAGAUGGAAUUCCUUGAUGAUGAAGAGGAAAGGUCCAAGCCUAAGGCCAAGAAGGCCAAGGGCAAGAACCAGGCAUGGAUCGAAGAUGACCCGGAGAAUAUUGUGGAUCUCGCUGAUGUGUCCGCUUCGAGGAAGAUUACAGCAACGGACCCCUCCCGCAAACAGAAGGCAACAGAAGUGAAAGCGCUGAAGAAGAAGGACGGUGGCUUCAAGACCGCGCCCGAUGGCAGGCUGAUCAUCACUGAUGACGCGUUCGGUGAUGAUGGGGACGAUGAGCCCCGGCCCAGCGGUGAUAUUGAUACGGACACUGAUGACACUGACGCAGAAGAUGAAGAAGACAAGAAACCUUCGAAACUCCUAAAGCCUGGAGCGAAACGUCGUUACGAUGACAUCCUCAGCGUGAAGAGUGGCAAGUCAGGCCGCAGCCGCGCCUCCACCGUCACCGUGGGCUCCAAGUACCGCGCCGGAGGGAAGGGUAUCCAUAGGCCACUCGGAUCAGCCGCAUCCGUGGCAUCGGGAGCAGGCACAGAGUACAGGUCUAAGAAAGCGAAGGGUGAUAUCAAGAAGCAAGGCAAACAUGAUCCCUACGCGUAUCUACCGCUGUCUAGGAAGAAUCUGAAUAAGAGGAAAAAGGCCGUCACGUCAAAACAGUUCAAAGGCAUCGUUAAAUCAAAAACAAAAGGAGGACGGAUAAAGAAGAAAUAGUCUUGCUUUUAGCUUAAUAAAUUGUAACUGCUAUAUUUAAUUAUAUUGUUUGAUGCUAAUCUUUACUUCGUUUUUAUCGUCGAAGAAGAAUUUAGAAAUUUUAUGUGAGAACUUUGUGAUUUGACGUUUUAGUAUCAAAGUUAAAUUAAGGCGCCAAAAAAAAAACAAGGCGAUAAGUUCAACACCUACUGAUAAAAUUACGCAGAAUUUGAACUUAGCAUAUGAUUAUUCUCGUAGAAAUUGUUUGCUAUCAUGACAAAAUUUACGUCAAAAUGUAUUAGAAAUCUAAAUAAUUUCUGCAUCUUUGAGCCAGUGGGAAAAAAAAAAUUGAGUUCAAUAUUCAUAAACCUGGGAUCAUGAAUUUCAAAUAUUAACAUUUUUUACCAUCAAAACGAACGGUGACUAUCAUCAAUGACACUAAUAUCAUGUGUUACAAGACGUUUUAAUGCUUGCAUAAGAAAUAACGUAAAUAUUUAUACUCUGCGGUUGGACUGCUUCACAAACGUUGGCCAAUCGGCAAUCGUUAUUGAUUUGUGAAAUGUUGAAACUUAAAAGUAUAUAUUAAUAAAUCAAUAUGAAAUA